AUGAUCUAAAGUUUAGGUAUUCAUACCAAAUUUCAUAAAUAAAUGGAAAAGAUGAAAGGAUUUCUAGUCUCUGCACACACUAUAUCUCCUAGAAAUGAUGAUGAACCUAUUAGAAAAACUUAGACUCCUUUAAUUGGUUAAUAAGCUUAAUCAAUAUCAUUCAGUGAUGAUGAGAUGAUAGAUGAAGACUUCAAAUAAAUAGGAGUUAAAUCUACUAAUUUUGAAGAUGAGUUUAUACUUGGUAAAAAAUUAGGAGAAGGUACAAAUGGUAUAGUAAGAAUAUGUUGGAAAAAAGACAAUCCUUAAUAAUAAUUUGCUGUGAAAAUUAUACAAACACCAGAUGAAGAACAAUUAGAUAUUGUAAGAUAAGCAUUCAUUAAUUCCACAAUUAUAAAAAGUCCAUAUAUUGCAAAAUGCUAUAAAUUAUAUAUUGACAUUAAUGUAAUAUAUAUGGUAAUGGAGUAUGUUCCAUUUUCUAAUUUACAAUCCAUAUUACAAUAAAGAAUAAAAUUAAAAGAAUAAGAAGUUUAAAGAAUUGCAUGUUCUCUAUUAAAAAGUGUUAGAUGUUUACAUAGUUGUGGUAUUUGUCAUAGAGACAUAAAACCAGACAAUGUUCUUGUAAAUCCGAAGUAUAAUAGUUGUUAUUUAUAGCGAUUACACAGUCAAAUUAAUAGACUUUGGAGUUUCUAGAAGAUUUGUUACAUUCAAUAAUAGUACAUUUAGAUAUAUGAGAAAUCAAAUGUUAACAGUUACUGGUAACUUACAUUAUAGAGCCCCAGAAAUUAUGGGUAGUCAUAUCUAUGGUUAUAAUCAAUAAGUUGAUAUAUGGGCCAUUGGAGUUAUUAUGUAUCAAUCUUUAACAGGAGUCUUGCCAUUCACUUCAGAUAAUACAGCUGAUAUUGUUGCAUUAUUAUCUAAUAGGUAUACUUUUUUUAAUAUACAUUCUAUAGUUAAUCAAUCAAUGAUGCAUUCCAAAAACCUUAGUUUUUAUCUUUGUCUUCUAGUUGUAGAGACUUAAUCAAAAGAUUAAUGAUGUGGAAUCCUUUAAAAAGAUUAACUGCCUCUGAAGCACUCAAACAUAUAUGGAUACCUAAUAUGCAAACUCCAAGAAAACCUCUUACAAAAAAAGUUACAAAAGAUGAUAUGGAUACAAGUAAAAUUAGUUAAAAUAGUGAUCUUCUUAAUAAAUCUUUAAUUAAUAGUGCAACUAUUUUAAAUUUUGAGUUAUAAAAUACUCUUAUCAAAAGUAAGCAUAUUGAUUCAGUUGUGGAAAACUAAGAUAUUACUCGAUCUUAAAAAAGUCUUGGAUUCUCUAUUAAAAUUAAAAGAGAAAAAGAAAUUCAGGAUUUUAAAGCUAAAUUAAAGUAAUUUAAAUUAGAAACAUCAACUAAGAUAUAUAAAAGGAAUAAUUCAAAUUAAAAUAAUGCUAUCUAAUUGGUUGGUGCAUUAGUUGAUGAUAAAAUGAAUAAUUCAAUUAAAUUAGAUGAUGAGGAUGAUAUUUUUGGUAUCAAAGUAUGUGGAAGUCAUCAUUCUCUAACAUAAAUUGAUGAACCUAUGUAAAAUGAGCAAUAAGUACAAAAUAACAAAUUGGAUCCUAAUUUAUUGUAGUAGCUCUUAGAAUUUAAUUUGUGA